AUGGUAAUAGAAGUAUCCAGACAUGGAGCAAGAUCCCCUAUCGUCUAGGAUGAUAAUCUUACUUAAACGUACUGGGAAAUGGGACUAAGUAUGGUUACUAAUGUCGGGAUGAGGCAGCACUACUUGUUAGGAAGAGAGGUCAGAUAUAGAUACAUAGAAAAAUAGCAUUUGCUCGACUCUGAGUAUAAUGCAGAAUAGAUUGAGUUGUACUCAACUCUAAGAGAAAGAACUUACUCAUCUGCAGUUUCAUAAUUUUCAGGAAUUUAUCCUGACAUCUAAAAACAUAUGAAAGACUUGAAAUUAUCACCAAUUUAACAAAAAAGAGCAGUUCUACCAAUAAAGAUUAAUACUGAUAAGGAUUAUGAAAAUUUGCUUUUGCAAGAAAAUAAAGAUUUGGGUGAAUAAAUUUCUUAGGACCAUCAUGCUCAACCACAUGUUUUUCAAUUAUUUGUUUAUUACAAUUUUGCAAAGAGCUAAUUUAUACCUGACGAAGAGUGUCCUUUUAGAGAUUAAAUAAUAGAUGAAUUGAACAAGCUCUCUAGCAGUACUGAUGAAUUUAAAGCAAUUGAUUAGAGAGUAAAUUAGUUGUUAAAGAGAAUUGAAUUGGGUUUAAACAAGACUAAUUAAAUUGGAAAUACUGACUGA